GCCGGCUUCCCGGGCUACCCGAUCAUGGCCGGCGUCCUGACCAACGGCGUCGACGAGACCCUCGAGUGGCUGCGCGAUUACGCCGCCGCGGGCGCGCAGUGGGGGCUCGUGUUGGUGCCCGGGUACUUUGGCGCCGCGGCGAACCAGGAGAAUAUCAGGGAGUGGUUCACCCUGAUUGCGGACAACAGCCCGCUGCCGAUCUUGAUCUACAACUACCCCGGCGUCACGAACAACGUCCUCGUCGCCCCGGAGACAUACACCGCGCUGGCAAGCCACCCCAACAUAGUCGGCUGCAAGAUGUCCCACGGCAACGUCUCGCACCACGUCCAAGUCUCCCUCGACCCGUCCAUCGACCACGCCAAGUUCCGCGUCUACAGCGGUUUCGGGCAGCAGCUAGGACCGAUCGUGCUGUUCGGCGCAGCCGGGGUGAUCGACGGCCUCGCGGCCUUCUACCCGAAGACGGUGGCACGCCUGAUGCAGCUCGUCUCCUCCUCGUCGUCCAGCGGCAACAUGGAGGAGGCGCGCCGCCUGCAGUACGCCGUGUGCCGGGCCGAGGAGUUCGUCGGGCGCUUCGGGGUCGUGGGCAUCAAGGAGGCCGUGUACCGCGUCACGGGGCUGGGCACGCUCGAGGGCGGGAGGCUGCCGCUCAAGGGGAGGCUGGCAGACGGCGAGUGGGAGAGGGCCAGGGCGGAGCUGCUGGUCGAGAUUGAGAAGACGGAGGCGGCGUUGUAGGGAUUGGGUGCGAUUGGCUGGAUGGGUAUGGUAUGUCUCUACUUUAUUUUACUAUUUGACGAGGCCUGGGGAAAUGUAGACGACUCCGGUUCGUCUAUCUAGGUAGGCAGGUAUGCUGCAACAAAAACUCCAAACAAUGGUUUAAUCUGGGACGAUACAAUCUAAAAGAGCAACAAGACAGAUGGCUUCUAUCGCAAAACAUGUCGAAAUAGGGGUAUUUUACUAGAUCAAGAAGAAAUGUCAUCAGAUCAGACGGG